ACCCCAUGACGCCAUAGACUGAGAGAGCUUAUCAUAUUGACAGCCCUCGCUCAUAUCCAAGCACACCUAAAUCAAACUUCCCUGAGAGAUAGAAAGGAUUUGAUAUCUUUGGUGUUUAGAGAUCCUACAAUGGAGAAAGGGACGAAUUCAUGGACAUUAUCCGGACCUUCAUAUGAGGUUUUUCUGAGUUUUCGAGGAGUAGACACUCGUUAUGGAUUCACCGAUCAUCUUUAUCAUGGCAUGGUUGACGCUGGGAUCAUCGUCUUUAGGGACAAUGAAUCCCUCCAUGUCGGUAAGGAAAUUGGUCGUGAACUUCUACAAGCAAUUGAGAACUCCAAGAUCUACAUUCCUAUAUUCUCUGAGAAUUAUGCUUCGAGUCACUGGUGCCUUCGAGAGCUUGCAUAUAUGGUUGAGUGCACCUCGAAAUUGAAUGGGAACAAAGAGAUUCUGCCGAUUUUCUUGGACGUAGAACCUGAAGAUGUCAAGCUCAAAACAAAUUUGUAUAGACAAACUUUUUCAAAGCGCAAGAAGACGUUGUGCACUGAAGUAGAAUCAUGGAGAAAGGCUCUCAUUGAGGUGGGCAAGAUAAAGGGAUGGAACCGGAAGAAAGAUGAGGGCCAAGCAGAUCUUAUCCGUUCGGUAAUUCGAACCGUUUCAAUGAAGCUGAAGGUUGCACAUGAAAAUGUAACUGAACAUCUAGUCGGAGUUGAUGAUCUUGUACAAACGAUAAUCAAAAUGUUGGAUGUGGGAUCUGAUAGUAUACGAUUUCUCGGAAUCUACGGAAUGGGCGGUGUUGGCAAAACAACCCUUGCUAAGGUCAUCUUCAACACACUAUCUUCUAGCUUUGACCGAUGUUGUUUCCUUGCAGAUGUUCGGGAAUCAUCAAAAGGUAAUAAUGGUCUGCUAAAUUUGCAAAAACAACUGUUCUCCAAGCUCGUUGGUUAUUAUUCUACAGACCAAAUUUAUCAUGUGAACGAUGGGAUCAACAAGCUUAACGACGGAGUACUUGGAAAUAAAAAAGUUCUAAUUGUUCUUGAUGAUGUGGAUGAGAAAGAGCACCUGAAAAGUCUAGCAGCAAAAGGUAGUUGGUUCGGUUUUGGUAGUAGGAUUAUCAUAACCACUAGGGACCAAAGUGUCCUAAUGAUUGAGGGAGAAGUAAUAGGUGAAGGUCCUGUAAAAGAGUCUGCAAACGUUUUGACUUACGAUGUACAGGAAAUGGAAUUUGGUCAUGCUCUUAAGCUUUUCAGUAGGCAUGCCUUCAGAAGAGACUCUCCACCGGAUCAUCGUGCCUCCAUUUCCAAAAAAAUUGUCCAUAUUUUGGGAAACCUUCCUUUAGCUCUUGAGAUUACAGGUUCAUCCCUUAAUGGUAAAGCUGAAACAUUAUGGGAAGACACAUUGAAGAAGCUAAAAGAAGCUCCUUCUGCUGGAGUCCAAAAAAAAUUGUUGAUAACUUAUGAAAGGUUAGAUCGUGCCCAAAGGCAAGUAUUUCUCGAUAUAGCUUGUUUCUUUGUUAAUCGGGACAAAACAUACCCUAUCUACAUGUGGAAUGCCUGUGGAUAUUGCCCACACAAUGCCCUUGAUGUUCUCACUUUCAUGUCCUUCAUAAAAAUCAAAGAUGACAAUACUUUCUGGAUGCAUGACCAAGUACGGGACCUCGGAAGGGAAAUCGUCCGUCAAGAGAAUUGCAAUGAUCCCUGCGACCGUAGUAGAGUGUGGAAUCAUGAGGAAACGCUGAGCAUUCUGAAGCGGAAAGAGGGAAGUAGGAAAAUAGAAGCACUGUCACUGGGAUUUCGUGGAUUCUUACGUGGACUUAUUAUUCUAAAGCAUGAUGAAAUUGCUGAUUUACCAAACUUAAGGUUCAUUCAAGGGGAGGAGGGGUCCCUUGUAGGAGACUUCAAAGAUCUCCUCUCUAAUUUAAGAUGGCUUUCUUGGCGAUGGUGGCCUUCCAAGUUUGAGGCAACAAACUUUCAUCCGACUAAUUUAGUCGUUCUUGACCUUUCACGGAGCGAUAUUUCGGAGGAAUGGGUUGGCUGGAACCAAAUCAGAGCAAAUAAACUAAAAGUACUAGAUCUCAGCUACUGCAUGAAGUUAAGGAGAACACCUGAUUUAUCUACAUGGGUGUCCUUGGAGAGAUUGAUUGUUAAAAGCUGUCACAACUUAAUUGAAAUUGACCCAUCCAUUGGUAAAUUAAAACUCUUAAUUGCUUUGAACUUGGAGGGAUGUCAGUCUCUUCGAGUGUUGCCCGAAGAAAUAGGAUGUCUACGAGCUUUGACAAAGAUUGUCGUGCCUAAUACGCUAUAUGAACUUCCGAAGACGUUUGGUAAUUUGCAGUCAUUGUUGACCUUUGAUGUACCAAAUCGUCAGAUUAGAAGACUGCCAUACUCGAUUGGAGGGUUGGUGAAAAUUACGCAGUUGGAUUUAUCUGAGUGCGUGAUGAUAAAGGAACUUCCAAACUCAAUUGGGAAAUUACAAUCAUUAGUUGAGUUGGAUUUGUCAUCGACAAGUAUUGGUUGCCUACCUGAUUCAAUCGGCAAUCUAAAGCAACUGAAAGUACUUAGGAUGAGGAAUGUAAGUGGGAUAACAAAAUUACCAGGUGCAAUUGGGCUGCUGGAGAAGCUUGAAGAGUUAGACGCUCGUCAAUGUUUCAACUUGACCGGUGACAUCUCAAAAGAAAUUGAGAGAUUGUCCAGUUUGAGGAUCCUAGACUUGUCAUUCACGGGUAUUUCCGGAUUACCCACGACAAUGAGUUGCCUCUCUAAUUUCCAAAUACUUAAUCUAGAACCAUGUCCUGUGCUUAAACAGUUGCCGGAGCUUCCCCAAAGUUUGACUUGCCUGAGAUGGGCGCCCCAUUGUGGAUGGGAAUCCUUCGGAGGCUUGACACGAGAUGAGCUAGCUCCUGCUCUUCCCAUUAGAUUUGGUACCAUAUCUCAGCUGGAAACACUUGUCACUGCUCUUCCCACUAGCAUCAGUACCCUAUCUCAGUUGGAAACACUAACAUUGUCCUGCAAAAACGUGCAAUUCCUCCCCCAGCUUCCUUCUAGUUUAAGAAAGUUACAACUUCGAUAUCUGGCGACCACACAAUCCCCUGAUUUUUCCAAUUUGAAAAAUCUGUCAAUCUUGACAUUCUAUAGUUGUUCCAUGCCGGAAUUUUCUGGUAUAUUUGAUGCGAAGUUGGAGGUCCUCCGUAUUGACAACUGCACAUUUAGAAAAUUGGACGCAUUGAUUCAGUUGGAAAUGGAAAGAAUGAGAUCUUUAACCAUGUUGUGGUGUGAGUUCCUCCCAGAAGUAUUUGAUCUGUCGCGCAUGAAGAAUCUGCAAGACAUAAUUCUGCUAGAUUGCAAGUUGUUAGUUGAGAUUAGUGGCCUUGAAGAACUGGGAUCCCUUUGCUCCCUAUGGGUCGAGGAUUGCAGUUCCAUGGAGAGGAUGUCGGACCUAUCGAAAUUGAAAAAGCUAACGAAGGUCAGAAUAGGAAACUGUCCAAAGCUAAGAAGCGUGGAAGGUCUAAACCAAUUGGAAUCUUUAAAGAGGCUGACGAUUAUUAAUGCUGGAGAGUUUGGGGGUGACACCUCAAAUUUGAAUUUAGAAUAUUCUUGUAUUAGGUGACACCUCUCAGGCUUUGUUGAUGUCAUGAGGGCAUGUUUUAUAAGUUCAGCAGAUCCCCACAUUCUCGGAUUGUCCGGCAAUUAUGAUGUUGUGUAUGUGAGGAAGUCUGAACAGGACUUGUUUGUUGGGCAAGGAGUUCCAACGAUAAAUAUUGAUGACAAAUACUGCCCUUCUCUGGACAAAGAUUGAGAGGCCAUUUGAAGAUGAGUUAUAUAGAGAGUAGUACAUUGCAAAGCUCGGCACAUGAACUUGACCAACAAUGACUUCGUCCUGGACCGGACGAGAGACCAUGAAGAGCACUGCAAGGACGUGGAGGCGGAGCCAAACUGUUUGUCUUCUGGUGCGGAUUAGGCUUACAAAGACCAAAAUGAAGCUGAAGGCACGCUCAAAUAAUGCCAAAACUUGCGGUGUGGAACAGCAGUGUCCUCACUCUCGAUGACUUCAUCUGCAGUGGAAAGGUUCGGCUCCAUAAGGUUCUGUCUCAGAGCUUUGAUAAUAUGGCCUGGCCUCCUCAGACAAAAAAACGGGCAGAAUAGGCCGUCUCUGUCAAACAGCUUUGGAAUGUACAGAGAUGAACAGACACCGGUUUUGCAUGGGAGAGAGCUUGAAAGUCUCAAAGGGAGCUCUCAGCCUCAAUCUUUGCAUUCUGGGCUACAAAGUAUUUUGUUUGCUGCAAAAGGAUUUUCUGGUCAUGUAAUAAAUGCACUGCAUGAAUUGAUUUCUAUGCCAU